AUGGCAAAGUGGCUGAAGGACUACCUGAACUUUGGCAACCGGCGUGACCCUCCGCAACCCCCGAGGCCAGACUACAGCGAGAGCGAUAUCCUGCGAGCCUACCGAGCUCAGAAGGACCUGGACUUUGAGGAUCCAUACCAGUGCUUGGAUAGGGAGCGUCAAAAUGGCAGCGGUGGUGGCAACGGUAGCGUGGAUAUGAGCCUGCCUCCGUUCCCUGCCUUCACUCCCAGCUUGUCUAACGGCACCGAGGUGAAGGUGUUGUCUCCAAAGCACAGGCUAAUUAAAGUGGACUCUCAGGAGUUCGGCCACUGUAAAAUUCCCCUUAGUCCCGCUUCUGUUCCAGAGGAACCUGUGCUACCCUCUGCUCCAGAAGCCCCAGACACCGACACGGACUACUCUGACCCCUUUGACGCCCGCCCGGACCCAAGGACGUGGCCCAGCUGGGAGACUGAAUCGGCCCCAAAAGACAGCUGCAGCUACAUGGAGCCGUUUGAGGCUCAGCAAAUUAUUUCAGAAAUGCAGCACAACAAGUGCAUGAGUUCCAGCGGCAGCCAACUGUAUGACAAUCCGUACGAGGAGAGGAACCGACAGCAGGCCCGAGCAGCUCCAAGCGCACCGACUCAACAGCGGCAGCAGCACUCGCACAGGCUGGACUGCUCACUUUCCCCCGUAGACGACAGGGGGAGCCGACUACCCCAGAACGACGACAGACCAGCGGACGAGUACGACCAGCCAUGGGAGUGGAAGAAGGACGACAUCUCCAAAGCACUCGCUGUCCAGUUUGAGGGCGCUGAGAGGGAGCGUUCGCGUGUCCAGACGGAGCAGAUCAAAUUCCCUAAACCCAAUAACGUGCCAGCUUCAGCAGCGGCGGAAUCCAACACCCUGCGUCUGGUUUGUGAUGCCCUCCCCCUCCUGGGAGAGAGAGUAGACCCCUACAUACCGCUCGAAAGACAAGUGUGGUACCACGGAACACUAAGCCGCUCCGAGGCGGAGUCUCUGCUGACCCUGUGCAAGGAAAGCUCCUACCUGGUGAGGAACAGCCAGACCUGCCGCAACGACUUUUCCCUCUCACUCAGGAGCUGCAAAGGCUUCAUGCACAUGAAGUUUACCCGCUCCGCCGACGGCUGCUUCGUGCUGGGUGAGAACAGCCCGCCUUUCGCCACCAUCCCGGAGGUCAUCCACUACUACAGCACACACAAGCUGCCGAUCCGGGGGGCCGAGCACAUGUCCCUCCUUUAUCCGGUUAUUGUACAGACGCUCUGA